AAAAAUUUCCAUCUUUUCGCUCCAUCGAUCCAUCCUCACUUCCUCUUCUCCCAACGAAACCCAAUCCCCAGCAGCUCCCACUCCGAUCGAUGUACCCAUCUCCUCACCGCUCUUCCGGCCCUCCCACCGGCCUCGCUCGCUAUGGCUCCGCUCCGGGCUCCCUCCUCGCUUCCAUCGCCGAAUCCAUCAUCUCCUCCUCCACUCCCACCCCAACCCUCUCCUCCUCUUCCACCACUCCAAUCGGAUCCGAUCACCCCUCUCUCAUCCCCCGCUUCUUCUCCGCCGAUUCCUCCGACUCCCCCUGCAAACCCUCCCCCGAUCCUCACCCUUUCUCACUCGAUCCCCUCCCCUCCGCCUCCGCCGCCGCCGUCGCCAUCGAUCACCGCCCUAAUCUCAUCCGCCACAGCAGCUCCCCCGCCGGCUUCUUCUCCCAUCUUAUGCUCGAUAAUGGUUAUUCUGUUAACAGGGGGCUUGGUAAUUACUCCCAAGUGGGUGCAGAUGAUGUUCGUUCAAUGGCAAAUAGAAGGUUGCAAUCCCAGUUGAGCUUUUCAAGACAGGAUUCUCUUUCACAAAUCUCUGAGAUCAGCAUACCCGACAUAGGUGACAGCAUUGGCAAUGGGAAGAGUACUGAAGAUGUGGCACAAUCCUACAUUCAGAACUUUCCAAUUGGCUCAUGGGAUGAGACAAAUUCCAUUGUGUUUUCUGCUCCAAGCAAACGGAUAAAAGAUAAUAAUGGGGAUGCAAUCCACAGUCUUAACAACCUUGAAUCUCAGUUUAGCCUGCCAAAAACAUCACUCGAGAUGGCCAGCGUGGAGAAGCUCCUCCAAGGCCAGCAAGAUUUCUUCCCUUUUAAGAUCAGAGCCAAGCGUGGAUGCGCAACACAUCCUAGAAGCAUAGCCGAGAGGGAGAGGAGAACAAGAAUCAGUGAAAAGUUGAGAAAGCUGCAAGAACUUGUUCCUAAUAUGGACAAGCAAACAAACACAUCAGAUAUGCUAGAUUUGGCUGUUCAGCACAUCAAGACACUGCAAGGCCAAGUUCAGAAACUCACCGAAGAACGAGCAAACUGCACCUGUGCAAGCAAGCAAGAAAUGGCAUGACUUAGAAGAAGAAGAUCAUGUUCAAUAUGUGUAUAAGGAUCUGUUCUAAGUUCUAAUUUGUGUAAUUUGGAGAUGAGAGAUUUUUCUAGAUUUUGUUUGUUUGUUUGUUUGAUUUAGUUUGACGCAGGAUAAGUGUGUGUAGAAGAGAGGCAGGCUCAUUGACUCCGUCUCAUUGUAUCAUUCAGGUAAUAAAAAGCACCAUUAUUGGUUUUGUAUUUGGGCAUUUGAGUAUGUUAUAAAGCGGCCUAGAGAAUGCGUCUUAAAAGUUA